UGUGCCACUAGCAGGUGCAUGACAGAAAAGAAAUACAUAGCUUAGGGUUACAGGUAGAGUCUUCCUUAUCUCUUUAAACGGAUACUCAUCAAUGGAGCACAGACAGACUGAGUCUCCUCCCUCAUAUGAUUCUGUGGUGAAUCACAACAAGCCUCCACCUUCAUAUCUUCAGACACUGUCAGCCAAUCAAGUCCAGCCGUACUACAUACCACAGCCAAUACAUCCAACACCUGUUCCUCGUGCAGUACAGACAAUCCCAACACAGAGAGGUCAAGCUCCCUCACACAGGAACAAAAGGUAUUGCUAUGGAGGGUCGAGUGGGACUGCUGUUAUAGUUGUGCUAGUUGUAAUUGCCGUCUGGAUAGGAGUGCGCUAUGGGCCUGUACUGCGGGCUCCCACAGAGAAAGAAAUGGAGACAGACACGUGCCCUCCUUCAUCAGUCAACUGUGAUGGAAAGAGAGAUUGUUCUCAAGGCAGUGAUGAAUCUCGCUGUGUGCGGUUUGGUACUGCAAAUGAAUUGCAGGUCAUGACUUCUAAGACCAAAAGCUUCCUCCCAGUCUGUGCAGAGGGCUGGGAUAAAAACAUAGCAGAUCAAACCUGCCAACAGCUUGGCUUCAGACAGAGUUAUGAAGUUGGUGUCUUGAAUACCAGUUCAUCCGCCUUUCAAAGUUUGAACAGUCAGUUUACAAACACUAUCCAGGAAAGUGUUAAUACAAGUACAUCCUGUCCUGGUCAGCAGACAGUGUCCCUGCAGUGCAGCAAGUGUGGAAAGCCACCAGGAUUGAGGAUCAUAGGGGGAAGUGCGGCUGCUGACGGUCAGUGGCCAUGGCAGGCCAGUUUGCAUUUCCAAGGGUCUCACUCAUGUGGAGGAACUCUAGUGGCUCCAGACUUCAUCAUUACCGCUGCUCACUGUUUCCCCAAAGGAACACCCGGCUCACAGUUGCCUAGUAACUGGAGAGUGUAUAUUGGUUUGGUGUCCCAGCUCCAGCUUACCAGCCCAUAUAAUGUAAAGCAAAUCAUUUUACAUCAGAAUUAUGACCCAGCGACAAAAAACUAUGAUAUUGCCUUACUGAAACUUAGUAAACCUGCCAGCAAUAUACAGCCUGUGUGCCUGCCUGUGUUUGGCCAGACGUUUCCUGCUGCCAAACAGUGCUGGACCACAGGCUUCGGAGUUACCAAGCAAGGGGCUGACAGCAUUUCCACUCUUUUGAUGGAGGUUGCAGUAAACCUGAUAGACUCAGCUGUGUGUAACUCAUUUAGUGUUUACGGAGGCCGGAUCACUGAGAAUAUGCAGUGUGCAGGAGAUCUUAGGGGAGAGAGAGACUCCUGUCAGGGGGACAGUGGAGGUCCACUGGUGUGUAAAGUUGAUGACAAAUGGUAUCUCACAGGCGUAACAAGCUGGGGAGAUGGCUGUGGAAAGCCAAACCGUCCAGGGGUCUACAGUGAUGUAGGGCAACUUUUAAUGUGGAUAUAUGGCAAGAUGCAGCUAGAGCGACCAUGACCUACUAACAACAAUGAAGAACAAAUCUUGACAUUUUUCUCUGUUGUGUAAAAAUUUUAUGUAAUGAAAUAAGAUUUCUCAAUUUUUAAAAUGACAGAGCACACAGUGAGAUGCACUUUUGCAGUAAAUAUUAGAUUUAUGUAAAAUUUUGAAUUCAUUAUUUAAAUAAGGAUGAUGUAAAUGUGUCUGUAAAAUCUUUUAUUUAGGGAAUACUAACGUUCUUCAAUAAAAACAUGGAUUACAUUACUGAAUCUACCUUGUAGAAAAUGUCAGGACAUUUAAACUGUCCAGUUCUGCACUGUAUAGCCUAUUGUGUAUUAUAUGUAGAUCUACCAUAGAGGAAGAACUACUAUUUCCUAGCAAUACAUGUAACAUGUAAAGUAAUACAAUGUAAAAAGAAUACAGUGGAGCAGCAUGAACUGAAAUCUCUUUCACUCUGAAAAUAAAUCAGCAGGCAGAAAUGGUUUUAUUAUUUUAGAUUUUUGAUGAAAAAUAAAACUUGUAUUUCUGUUCAUGAACACAACUUCUUUUCCGUCUAAAAGGUGAAAGCUGGCGGGAUCUUUUUCUUAGUCAUAAUCAUUAACUUUAGAAAGAAUACCCCACUUGGUCAUUUUUAUUUUUACACACUGCUAGAUUUAUUAUGAAAGAGAAAGCAAACUCACUUCUGAUUGUUCUUAUUUGAAAACAAGAAAAAAACUACUGAAGCAAUCAGUUAGAUUUACAAAUACACCCACAUGAAACUAAAGUGUUUAGUUAUGUAUUUGUUCUAUACUUUUUUAUGUGUUCUUUAGAAUAUGACAGAUUAAUUUUUAACUACCCAAUGAAAUAGAACUAACAGAUAA